AUGAAUUUAUCGUCAUUGAUUAAUUUACUUUUCCUUUGUUCUUGUUUAAUUAUCUUUCUAUUGAUAACUUAUUGUGUUCCAAAUGUUCAAGGAUUAUCUCAAUCAUCUUUAUCUUCAUUUUCUUCAUUUUCCUCGUCUCCAUCUCCAUCAUCAUUUCCAAUAUUUCCAUCAUCAUCGUCUUCUUCAUCAUCUUCAAUAUCUAAUCAUGUCCAUGAAAUCGCGACAUUUGGUGAUCAAAUUGCUUCAUUACCUUGUGAAGUAAAUAUUAAAAGUUGUGGUUCCAUUUCAAUGGUCACUUGGUUUAAAAAUGUUUCGUCACAAUGGGAACAUAUUUAUUCAUAUUCAUUUACUGGUGGUGGACAUCACAAAGUAUCAGGUUCAUUUAUUGGUCAACCCGAAAGGAUAUCAAUGGACGAUACAAAUAUUACUCUUACCGGGAUUACUUAUCUAAGGAUUAAAAAUUUAGGAUUAAGUGAUGAAGCAAAUUACAAAUGUGAAGUAACUUAUCAUCAUUCAACAUCAACAAUUAACCAUCAUCACAAUAAUAAUAACAUGAUCAACAACAAUCAUGAUAAUAUUAAUGGUAAAUUGUUAUCGUCAUCAUCAAUGCCAUCAACUGAUUGUCCAACUACAACAUACUCCAAAUUAUUUACAUUAGGAUCAACUGAUCAUCUUCGUCCACCCCGAAUAACUGAACAUCCCUCUGAUACCGUUGUGGGUCGAAAUGAACCAACCAAAUUAGAUUGUCGAGCUGAAGGUAAUCCUAAUCCAACAAUCGAAUGGUACAAAGACGGUAAAAAGAUUGGUAAACAUCAUAAUCGAAUGGUCCUACCUACAGGGUCUUUUUUCCUCCAUGUUAUUCACAAUAAGGAUACUGGAACCUAUUGGUGUGUGGCUCGUAAUGAGAUCGGUAAAGCAACAAGUCGAAAUGCGACCUUAAACUAUGCAUUUUUACGUGAAGAAUUUAAAACUUUACCUAAAAGCCAGGCCAUUGUCUCAGGAGAUCGAGUUACUCUUGAUUGUGUUCCACCUCGAGGUUAUCCAGAGCCUAAAGUUUACUGGGCUAAAGAUGGACGUCCAGUUAGUCUACCGUCCAAUCGGAUUAAACUGAUACCCGGUGGCAGUUUACGUAUUAACGAUGUAAGGCCACAUGAUGCGGGAAGAUAUACUUGUAUCGCUGAGAAUCUCAUUGGAACCAAGGAAUCGCCUCCGGCAAUAUUAGAGGUCUCAGUGAAACCUUAUUUCAUACGGAAUCCGGAAAAUGUAUCAGCUUUAUCAGGGGAGACAAUUGAAUUCUCAUGUAAAGUGGGUGGUGAACCUGCUCCUUAUAUCACAUGGACAAAAGAUGGUAAAAUUGCCAUAGGAAGAAUUCAAAUUAAGGAUGAUAAAACUUUAAGGAUUCGAGAGGUCAAACCCUCGGACAGUGGGGUUUAUAUUUGCGAGGCUGUUAAUCAAGGUGGACACAUAUCAUCAUCCGCAUCACUUUCAGUUGACUGUAUACCAAGUGACUUUAUUGGUAAAGGUGAUCAAGUGCCAACCCAUUCACCUGAAAAUUUGAGACUCGCUGUGAUCAAUGAGACCUCAACAACGUUAUCCUGGUCACCAUUAUCACCUGACCAAUGGAAAGGUGAACCUAAAGCCUAUUUUAUCCGUUUAAUGUCAACAGAUCACAGAUUUUGUUCACAUUUCAACACAUCAAGUCCAUAUCAAACUGACCUUAUUUUAAAUAAUCUCAUUUAUGGUGAAACAUAUGAGAUUACUGUUGCUGCCUUAACUUUAUCGGGUUUAGGUUCAUUUACUGAGCCAAUACCACUUCAUAUGGUUACAAGUUACAGUUACAAUUGGAGAAUACCAAAUGGAUUAUCUCCUUCAUCAUCUUUAUCACCAUUAUCACCUUUAAAUUCAUUAUCUUCAUCAUCAUCCUCAUCAUCACCUUCAUCAUCAUUGUCCGAGUUACUACUCAAAGAUACAACCAUAUUGACUCCAAGUAAUAUAACCAAAGAGCCAAUAUUCAUUUUCAGUGCGAUUUUGGCACUUUUUGUCUUAUCCUUUAUAAUCUUAAUCCUUUUUGCACGUCGACACAUCAACUGGAACAAAGGUAUGGGUGCCUACAUAACAGUUCAGCUCAACAAUAAGUGUGAUGAACUUUCCGAUACUAAAUUUGCCAAAUCAAAUGGAGGUGGUGGUGGUGGUGGUGUUGGGCCCAAUGGUGGAAACAGGGGAGUCUUAGCACAAUCAACAAUUGGUAAUCCAGGUUAUUGGUUAUCAGAUAAAAAGUUAUCAACAUUUACCUCGGCCACUUCAUCGUUACAACAGCAACAACAACAAUCAACAUCAUCAUCUUCCUCUACCAAUGUCCAACCAAAUCAACACCUUUCACCUCAACCAGUAGGUCAAGAUUAUUCUGUCCAAACAUCAUCUGAUCAAACAAUUAAUUCUCAUCAGCAUCAUCAUAAUCAUCACCAUUAUAAUGAAACUAUGGAUGGAGAUGAGAGUGAUGAAGAUGCCGGAGUUGGAAUAGAUGAAGAUGAUGAUGGCUGUAUGGAAUCAGAUUACGCUGAAGUAGAGGAAAGGACAUUAAGAACUUUUGGAAAACGUGAUUAUUCAUCACCAUCAACUGAACCUUAUGCAACCACGACUCUGAUGAAAUCAUUUCGAGGGUCAAGUGAGAAUACAUCACUUUUAGGUUGCCCGCCGACAUCAAAUGCCAAAUCAAUUAAUCUGAUGAACAAUAAACGAGGAACCGGUAGAGUGGCUGGUGGAGUGGUCAAUGGUAAGAAAUUGAAUCUCUCCGCUGUUUCAUUGAACACCAAUGGCGGUGGUAGUGGUCAUCGUCUAUCAUCAUCAUCUUCAACUACUCGAAGUAAUAAUAUCAAUAAUGGUAAUACCAGUUAUGGUAAACCCUUGACCAUUGAAGGUAAAGGUCAUCAUGUUCCUCAUUUACGGACAAAUCAUUUAAAUUCAUCAACCAAUUCAGCCUCAUCAUCUUCAUCAUCUUUUAAUCAUCAUCAUCGUCAUCUAUCAAACUCUCUUGCUAAUCAAAAUAUACUUAACAGUCAAUCAUCUUUACCACAAUCAACAUUAAUCAAUGGUUGUGGUAGUGAUAAUUUGAUAGCAAAUUCAACGGGUAAAUCAAGUUCAUCAACUUUUUCACAACAAUCAACUAAUUAUUCAAAUGGUAAUUUAUUAAAUGCUUCUAAUCGUUUACACUAUCAACAACAACAACAUCAUAUCAUUAUCAAUAAUAAUGGUUCAUCAGGAUCAACCAGUGAUUUGGUUAAUGAUGUUAAUAGUAAUCAUAGUAGAUCGUCAUCUUUAUCAUCUUCAUCAACAAUUAACCAUAAUAACGGUAAUCGUGAUAAUUUAAGAUCAGACUUAAUUAACAAACAACAACAACAACCAUCAUCAAAUGUAACUGUUCAUUGUCAAUAUCAUCCGAUUGUUUUAGCCUCUUCUGGCUCAUAUUUCGAGAAAUAUUUGUAACUAUUUAUAAGAAAAUAAAUCAAACACGGUAAUGAGAAAAAAAGAGUUAUCGAA